UGUCAUUGGUUCGCAUGUGUUGUGAAUGCAGAUACAUUCCUUUAAGAGGCAGUCUAGACUCAACUCGUUGCACUGCUCUCUCUCUCUCUCUCUCUGCCUCAUUUUCUCUGUCUCUCUCCCGACUCGCGGGCUCGCUCUCUCCUCCUGUCUUUCGCAACAUCACCACAACCUGCUGCUAUCUCUCUGAGCAUCCUCCGCUCCUUCCCGUCACUUCUCCUCUCCUCCUGUCAUCAGCCAUUGUCCUUCCCCUCUCUCCUCAUAAUUUGAUUUCCCAUCCAUCACACGCUCACCAGCCAUUCUCUUAUGCCCCGUCCGUUUUUUUUUUUUUCUCAUCCUCUCGUUCCUCUCCCAGGCUACCAUUCCUCUCUUAGUGUUUAUCUCUAACACUGUCAUUUUGAAACUCCUCUCCACCACUUCUCCACCUCCUUGUGAUGUGAGAAGACAUGAAGGUGGAGGAAGGUGCAGACAGGCUGUCUCACACUAAGCUAUGGAAUGCUCUCUGCUCCCACCAUCACUAGUCUCCAAUCUUUGGACUGAGCUCCAAACUCUUAGUUAGCAGCUGUGCUCCUCCCCUCGAACUCUUUCUAACUAGGGGACAAAGAAAAGGAGCGGGCUUUCUAAGUCCUCCACUAAAAACGCACAGAGCACUUCUUCUUUUUUCAGCUGUUUUUUUUGAAUAUUUAAAUCACGAUUUUUCCCCCUUCUUGGAUUUUUUUUCCUGGCAAAACAGCAAGAUGGAUUUGGAGUCAUAUAUGUGGAUGGUCAUCAUUGGCUUCAUCAUUGCCUUCGUCUUGGCGUUCUCGGUUGGAGCCAACGAUGUGGCCAACUCUUUCGGCACGGCGGUGGGAUCCGGCGUGGUCACGCUCAAGCAGGCCUGCAUCCUGGCGUCCAUCUUUGAGACGCUGGGGUCCAUGCUGCUCGGAGCCAAAGUGGGAGAGACGAUCCGGAAGGGCAUCAUAGAUGUGCAGCUCUACAACGACACGGUGCCCGUGCUCAUGGCGGGAGAGGUCAGCGCCAUGGUCGGGUCAGCUGUCUGGCAGCUAAUCGCCUCCUUCCUCAAGCUGCCCAUCUCUGGGACUCACUGCAUUGUUGGCGCCACCAUUGGCUUCUCGAUGGUGGCCAUCGGUACAAAGGGCGUGCAGUGGAUGCAGCUCGUCAAGAUCGUGUCGUCGUGGUUCAUCUCACCGUUGCUCUCUGGACUCAUGUCUGGACUCCUCUUCAUGCUCAUCAGACACUUUAUCCUCAACAAGGAUGACUCUGUCCCGAACGGCCUGCGAGCGCUGCCCCUCUUCUACGCCUCCACCAUCGGGAUCAACACGUUCUCCAUAAUGUACACUGGAGCGCCGUUGCUCGGGUUGGGAGAGCUGCCGGUCUGGGCCAUCUUCCUCAUCACUUUGGCCGGGUCGUUGGUGUGCGCGGCUCUGGUCUGGAUCUUCGUCUGUCCUUGGAUGAGAAGAAAAAUAGCAAGUCGUUUAAAGAAGGAGCAGGCUCUGUCCAGGAUUUCUGACGAGAGCCUGGACAAGAUCCCCGAGGAGGAGGAGGAGAGUCCCGUCUUCAAGGAGCUGCCGGGGGCAAAGGGCACGGACGAGGCGGUGCUACCUCUGACGGGCAGCAGCAGCGAACGCGCCACUCGUGACUCCAGCGGAGAGCUCACCAACUUGGCCAAUGGCGGCACCGUCCUGCCAAACGGACGGGUCUACGGUCGAACUCACUCAAUGACGAACGGCUGCCUCAAGUCGCCCGUCUCCAACGGCAGCUUCAGCUUCGACGGCCACAUGCGCAGCGACGGCCAGGUGUACCACACGGUGCACAAAGACUCGGGCCUCUACAAAGACCUGCUGCACAAAAUCCACCUGGGCCGCAUGGACGAGAGCGACCGCUCGGGCUCCCACUCCGGCCCGCCCGACAACAACUACCGCCUGCUGCGCCGCAACAACAGCUACACCUGCUACACGGCGGCGAUAUGCGGCAUGCCCGUGCAGCCGCUAAUACGCACGGAAUCGCGCGACGACAGCGAAAAGCUGGUGGGCGAGGGCGGCGGGAGGAGCAACAGCGUGUCCUACUCCAAGAAGCGGGUGCGCUACGACAGCUACUCGUCGUACUGCAACGCCGUGGCCGAGGCGGAGAUCGAGGCGGAGGAGGGCGGCGUGGAGAUGAAGCUGGCCACCGAGCUGGAAGGGGUGGAGGAAGAGGGAGGGGCGGCGCCGAUGCCGCUGGAGGACUUGACAGAAGAGGACCACGAGGAGAAGGACAAAUCGGAGGUGUUUCUGCUGUUCCACUUCCUGCAGAUCCUCACGGCCUGCUUUGGAUCCUUCGCCCACGGAGGCAACGACGUCAGUAAUGCCAUCGGGCCCUUGGUGGCGCUGUGGAUGAUUUACGACCAGGGAGGUGUCAUGCAGGACGCCGCCACCCCCAUCUGGCUGCUGUUCUACGGCGGAGUGGGCAUCUGCGCCGGCCUCUGGGUCUGGGGCCGCCGCGUCAUCCAGACCAUGGGCAAGGACCUGACCCCCAUCACCCCCUCAAGUGGAUUCACUAUUGAACUGGCUUCUGCAGUCACAGUCGUGUUGGCUUCCAAUAUCGGAAUCCCUGUCAGUACCACACACUGCAAGGUGGGCUCGGUGGUGGCCGUGGGCUGGAUCCGCUCCCAGAAGGCGGUGGACUGGCGCCUCUUCAGGAACAUCUUCCUGGCCUGGUUCGUCACGGUGCCGGUGGCCGGCCUGUUCAGCGCCGCCGUCAUGGCCCUGUUCGUCUACGGCAUCCUACCCUUCGUCUGAGGGCGCGCGGCCGGGAGCAAGGAAAGAGAGAGUCAGAGAGUGAGAGAGAGAGAGAGAGAGAGAAAGAGAGAGUCGGAAAGAGGGAGACUUGGGUAAAAUCAGAGCUCGAGUGCCAGGGGGUUUACGGAUGGAGGAGGGAGCUGCAGAGGUGCAGAUGGUUAUACUGUGGAAGUGAGGAGGGUUGAUUCACAUGCUGCGUGGCUCUGUGAUCCACAGAUCCUUUUGACUCGUUUGAGUUUCUGAUCGUUUUUUGUUUUUGUUUUUUUUUUAUUUAUUUUAUUUCCUUUUUUUCUUUUUGGGAGAGCGGUGCAUAAGAAAUUGUGCCACCAUUCAAUCUGCUGUACAUAAAGACAAUAAUAGGGAGCUUUCAAGUAACCUUUAACAAGAAUUUUUCUGUUUGUUAGAGAAACGGCAGCAGCCAGUCAUUCAGUCUCUUCAUUAAGAGAGUCGCAGUUUUUAAAAGAAGCAACAAAAGAUGACAAAACGAUCAAAGAGCGACGACUUCUGCUCACCUCCGGCGGCAGCCUCGCCCGCAGUAACUCCACGUCCAUCUGCGUGCUAUCGUACGUAGCAUAGUUGGUCAGGUGCUCAUCGUCAUUGCUCUAAAAAUGCCAGGAAGAGAAAAAAACAAAAAAACAAAGUGUACAUAUCGUCCUGCAGGAAGUGAGUGUGAUCUGUUGUAUCGCGGCUUGCUUUAAAACGUUGUCAAACAAAAGAAGCAAAAAAAGAAACCGUGCGUGUGGUUAACCAACCCGUCCGUCAUCUCACUCUCAGCAUCAAGCAGGUACAACUGGGGCCAAAUGGAAAACGCAGGCCUCAGCGAGCAGGUGGCGGUCGCUCGGCUUCUGUUUGGGGGGGUUUUUCUUUUGUUUUUUUUUUCGAAGAUUUAUUUUCCACAUACCAUAGAAACCUAAUUUACUAAAGAGUUGAUUAUUUGUCAAGAGCUCCUGUAUGUUUUUAGAGAUGGAUCUCAUAUUUUUUAAUGAUGUAUUAUACUGUAAUUUGUACUGUAAAUACUGUCCUUAAAGAGUUUGCCAGUGGGAUGGGGGGGAGGUGUAAUGGUUUGUCUUUUUAAUGUUGCGUGUCGGGGGGGGGGAGGGGCUCUUCACCUCAUUAAGAUGUCAUAAUUUACAGGAUGUUUCAUCCCAGCGGCUCGUCGUAGUCCGAACGCACACUCGUGAACAGGCGGGGUUUCAGUGACAGCGCCCAGGUGGGAACCCAACCACACAACUGGAACUGUGCGGUGAAUUCUGCAGUAUUGACAGAAAAGUUCUUUAAAGAAGAGGUUUCUCACUCCUUUGAGAGCAGAACCAUGCCAAAGUGUGUUUUCAGCACGCCAAUGUAAAGCAUAGAGAGAGAAAAAAAAAAGAGAAGAAGAGGUUUUAGAUGCAGCAGACGCCAAAACACUAAAAUAGGAAUCAUGAGUUCUGACGAGUUCCCGUGAAGUGUUCGCUCAUCUUCAUCCGUGUAUGCCUUCGUUUUCAUGCAAAAAGCUCACCGGAGUCGCUUCCUCAUAUCAAAGGCUCCCUGCCAACCAACGAUGGACCUCCUCAACCCUCCGCGUCCGCAGGGUCGAACCCCGCAUGGCGUCCGUCCGACGCCUCAGAGCUGAAGCCUUGUCAUGUCAGACUGCAACUCUGUGUCAUAUCAAGCUCUUUAAAAAAAGUUGUUUCUCUUCAGCCACUUAUGCAGAUGUGGAGCAGCAGCUGGGGUUCGGAGCUCCUCUGCUGUUUUUUUUUUCUUUCUUUUUUUUUAAUGUUUUGAUCAGCUGUGGUUCAGUCUUUGUUCGAUACCACGAGUCACAGAAACAUGAGUUCAUAUCACACCGUGGGGGAGCAGUGGUCUCGGGGGCGGGGGGGUUAGUACUGAUCAUCACCAGCUUUUUAACAGGGUCGCCCGACCCCUAGUUGAACAAAAUCAAAAGCUUUUUAAUUUAAUUUUAUUUGAACAAACCCAAUGCCAGGUGUUGCAAGUAUCUUUUUCUUUUUUUUUUUGUUCUUGUUGUGCGUUUUGUCUAAUUUCAAGGUUUUUUUUUCUCAUGAACAAAUCUAUGCUUAAGUAGCCACUUGCCUUGUAACAUUGUGUUUUACUUUGUGCAGAUACGGUUCAAAAAAAGAAGAAAAAAAAAAUGAUUCAGUACUGUGGUGUUUACAUCGUAACCAUAUUGUAGAGUAUCUGUUUGAAAAGAAAAAGGAAAAAAAAAAACAAAAAAAUCUGUUGCCUAAUGAUGCCAAUGAAAGACAAAAUAUUAACCAUGAAUUUUUAAGUGCAAGUAAAAAAAAACAAAACAACCUGAAGUGUCUAGAGAGAGAGAGAGCGAGAGCAAGCGUGUGCGCGAUGACUUGGUUUUUGUUUUCUUUGGUUCUGUUGGUAGUAGUAGUGCUAAUCAUGAUCCCUGUUGUCACUUUACACUGCUACUACAACACGUUUUAACACUACAUGUAUGGGUGCAAUUCAGUAAUGAAAAAAAAGAAGAAGAAAAACAGAAUAACUAGAGAAAUUUCAUCGAAACUAUAUAUUUUUCUACCAUAUCUGAGUUUUAACCUGGGUGGGCUUCCGGACACUGGAGGACAGACUGCGGGGGGGGUAACAGGAGGGGAGACGGCUGGACGGGCCGAGACGUGGUGAGACUACGGUCUUGCUCUGCUGGCGCCGUGAGCCGCACUUCCUCUCAGCCCAAGUGUGUCCUUCUAACAUUUAGACUGACGUGUCGGUUGCCAGUAGAUCAGAUUUAAAAUUACCAUUUUUAUUUUUUGAAUGCUAGAUGAAAACACUUUGUAAUUUUGUUUCCCUACUGCUUUGAUCAUGAGCUGCGAGAGCAGGACGGCCGCUUACCGAAGGCAAAUUCUAGAGGCUCCAGAUCCCAACAACGCGUAUUUACUCCUCCGAGAAACUGGACUGUGAGGACAUUGGUUUCCUUAAAAAUGGCAGGUUACUACUCUUGAAGCUCAUAUCCUCUUUACUCUCACAGCCUGUGUUACUCAGAGAGCCGGUGUGUUUGGAUGAUCAGGUAGAGUUUAAUAAGAAAUGCCAUGAAGCACUGAAGAUGUUUCAUUUCGCAAAACACCAAAGAUCUACAACUGUCCACGAGGUUAAAUCCUUCCAAUUGGUCAUUAAGGAGUGGAUAUUAAAGUUUCAGAGGCCCAGUUGGCAGAAAACUAAGAGGUUUUAUUUGCAAGCUUCUGGUGGAUCGAUUUAAAUUUAAAAGUACACACAAAGAGGAAAUAAUCGAAAAAAUGUUCUCAUUGUCCACCACAGGUUACCAGUCCUCUAGUGAAACCCUCUCCAGUCCUGUAGUACUAGUGUGCACCACCAGGUGGUGUGUUGAGUUACUCCAGAUGUUUGCAGCCUGCUCUGUUGUGUUUCUAUGCAGCUUUUCUUAAAUUCUACCACAAUAACUCGUCUUCUUUAUCAUGUUGUCCAACCGUUUCUAAAGGGACUUUGAAAGCUUGAGAACACAAAUGUAAAAAAAUAAUAAUUUUAUUCUGGCCCGUGUCUAAUGUCAUACAAUGGAGCUGCUGCAGCAGCUGCCAACACUGUAAGCACAACUUUGGUUGAACCUAACCUCUGUAACAACCACCGAUUUACUGCCAGAAUAAUGAGAGCUGAAGACGACGGUGAACAAACACGAGUACAAAAGUGCCAUUUCCAAACCAGCGUUUAACCACGAUUCUGUUGGACUUUAGGGAAAAGAGCAAGAUUUGGCUGCUUGGUUUUCACCCAGUAGAUUAUCAAAGUCUGCUGCACAAUAAGAGCAAUAAAUAUAAUUUUAGAGUAAAAAUGACAUUAUUGAAAGGAGAUGUUUUACAAGUGGUUUUUGUAGAAUUGAGUGAAUGUAAUUAUUCAAUACGGACGAGCAAAAUGCAAAACCAUAGAUUUUACAGGUUUGUCAAUUGACAUAGAUCUUACUUUUAAAGUAUGUGAAAGCGCAUGACUCAGCCUUUUUUUUAGUUUUUCAGUUAUUCUGAGAAUAAAGAAAAUGUACAAUUCAACCAGAAUCUCCAGCUGGGUGUCUAACAGCUGCUUCAUGGCAUUAGUGAGAGUUUAGAGUUCAUGCAUGAGGUGUCAGUUCUGCUUUACUCACGUUUUAAAAUAGAUUUAUAUGAUGUAUUUUGUCCAGUCUGCUGGACAGUAGCUUUAAUUUCUAUGCAGUAGAGAUAUAUUGUCCAUGGUUAAAUCUUCUGUAUCUAGAAGGAGGGGACAAUCCCUCCCAUCGUCUCCAUGAGCAGCGGAAGAUUUUAGUGGCGACUUGGUGAAGCGUCAUGAGGUUUAUUUGUAAAGUGACACACUGCAGACAUUUGAGCAGGACAUCAUCUCCAAACUCUUGGCUGGCCCUCUCUGUAACUCUCGCUGUGUCUCUAUUAUUCUUUUGUUACUUAGUUUUUCCAUGCAUUCUCAGUCCUGAUAGGCCAAAAGGGAUGCACUGCUCAGGACAGGGAGGGAAAGUUGACUUUACCCUGUGGUGGCAGCAUUAAACACUUGGAAUAAAUGACAAACAACAGUCCAAAAUAUUUCCCCUCUAUUCCUGUCGAAUUCAGUAUGAAUAACCGAUCAUCUCAACAGAAGCAUGGAUGUUACGUAAUGGAUAUUUGUUCUGCAUUUCCUCACAGUGACACGAGUGUUUCUGACAGGUACAGUUAUAAUCCGGACUAACACCCUGCUAAUUAGUAAAGGCCUAUUAAAUUCAUGUUUUGGUUUGGAUUUAAAAAGGCUGAGGGGAAAAAAACAAAACAAAACUCAAAAGCCAAGUGUGUGCAGUUGUGAAUGCAGCCACUAGAGGGCGGAGUUUGCCUCCUGAGAGAAGGACAGUAUUGAGGACCAGUGUUUUUCAGUGUAUUUGCCAUUGAGGGAGUUUCUGUGCUUCAACUGCAUUUCUGAACUGUUUCAAAAAUCUUUUUUUUUUUUUUUUUUUUUUUUACAUUUCAAAGAAAACUCUGAACAGAAUGUGCCAUUUCUUCCUCCCUGAAUGUGCAAUACAAGCUGUUUGUCGUCGAGGUGCAACUACAUCGUCGUGGUCAUGUAGCUCCACCUGCCCUGGUGCGAUAGCGCCCCCUCCUGGAGGGGCAUCAGUUCAGACCUUCAUCUGGAUGUGGCGUGCUGUCUCUAGUUUUCUGGUCUGUUUCGUAAUGAGAAUGUGCUCCUCUGGCUGGCCUGCAGGCUUUACAGCUCCGUGUCGUCUUUCUACUGUUUACUGCUACGUAACUGUCCAGUCCUUCAAC